CUUUUUCCAUCUUUUCGUUUUUGUAUAUAUUCAGUUUCGGUCUAGUUAGGGUUAGUUGGUGCGAAAUCUGAUUAAAUUUAGCUUAAUUGGCGUUGGUUUAGUUGAGAUUUGGGGUUGUUUAGCUGUGUAUAUAUAUAAUUAUCGUUUGUGCAAUUUCUCCAAGGCUGGAUUUUUAUGGCGUUUUGAGCUUAUAGGGUGUUGAAUGAUAAUUUGGGGCUUUGGAGUUGGGAUUAUUAAUAAUUGAUACUUAGGUUUUGCUUGAAGGGAUUGUUUAUGGCGGUUCUUUAGGAUUGUUUUUGAAAAAAAAAAAAAAAAGUUCUGUUCUUUUCCCUUUCGUGGUGCUAAAGAAUAAAUAAUAAGUUGGGUUGAAGUUUUGUGAAAGAAAAAGGACUCCUUUGCCCCCAUAUAGAUAUAAUAUUCGUAUUUUAGUGUUAAAUCCUAAGUUUGGGAACGGUAUUUAGUUGUCAAAAUUGGGUCUAGUUUUGAUUAGAGUUUUUAGUUUGUGGGAGAGUUCAAUUGUUGGUUGUUCUAGUUGGAUUGAGCUUUGUGAAGAAAACUUGGUGAAAAAUGGUUGAAUCUUUGGCUGCAACAUCACUUUUCGGUCACCGACCGAUUUGCGGAGGCACUUUGGUAAAAGAUGUCUCCAACAAGCGAAAAUCUCCGAAUAAUGUUCGGGUCAUGCCAUCGGAAUUCACUGGUAAAAAGAUUGUCGUUGUGUCCCCUCCUUUGCCAAGGCUGAAAAACGAUCGCUUGGCAGUUUCAUCAAUUAAGGCUCUUGCAUUGGAGUUGACAAAAGAGGCGUAUUCCUUCAAGGAAGAUAGGAAGAUUCCCCAGGAUUGGAACUAUCAGAUUGAUACUGGCAUAGAAGGAAAGCCGGGUUUGUGGCCACCGGAGAAUAAGGCUGAUAACCCUUCACUGCAAAAUCCAUUGCUUAGACAAGAAAGGAUGGGUUGUGGUUGGUUAGGUGCAAUAUUUGAGUGGGAAGGAGUUUUGAUAGAUGACAACCCCGAUCUCGAGAAGCAGGCGUGGCUGGUCCUCGCUGAAGAAGAAGGGAAAUCACCCCCACUGGCUUUCAUCCUUCGAAGAAUAGAAGGGAUGAAGAACGAGCAGGCCAUCUCUGAGGUGCUGUGCUGGUCUAGAGACCCUGCACAGUUGAGAAGAAUGGCUGCCAGAAGGGAAGAGAUUUACCAAGCUUUGCAAGGUGGGAUAUACAGAUUGCGAGCAGGGUCAAAAGAGUUUGUCAAUGUGUUGAUGCAUUACAAUAUUCCAAUGGCAUUGGUCUCCACACGCCCUAGAAAGACGCUUGAAACUGCGAUUGGAUCGAUUGGUAUUGAAGAAUACUUCAACGUAAUUGUGGCUGCAGAGGAUGUUCACAGGGGGAAGCCUGAUCCAGAAAUGUUUGUCUACGCUGCACAGCUUCUUAAGUUCAUCCCCGAGCGCUGCAUUGUGUUUGGAAACUCAAACCAAACCGUGGAGGCUGCCCACGAUGCUCGGAUGAAGUGUGUGGCUGUUGCCAGCAAGCAUCCGGUGUAUGAACUUGGGGCUGCAGACUUGGUGGUGAGAAGACUGGAUGAACUCUCCGUAGUCGACUUGAAGAAUCUUGCUGAUAUUGAAUCGGCGGAAUUUGGUUCCCUGGAGCCGGAAUUGGAAAUGGAGGAAGAAUAUGAUGAUCCAUCUUCCUCAACUUUGGCAGCCGUGGAUGAUGAUUUCUGGUAACCAUGGGAAAUGUACAGUUGUUUAUUCAUGACUGAUUCUUGAUGAUAGUAGCUAUAUAUAUUGACAAUGCUGUGUAUAAGAGGGGGGAAAAAGUGG